GACAACGAACGUACAUGCAUAACGCAACGGACGUUGUUUAAAAAAGGGCCUCAGUCUUACUUGCUGGAUCAAUCGAUUCGAUUAUAUUUUACAAAAGCGUGCAGUACUUGUUUACAAAAACCAAUAAAGUAACCCUCAAAAAGACAUAAACAAAAGUGUAUAGUAUCAUGUGUGGUACAACGGAAGUCCGUUAAACCAGCGAAUAAACAACAGUGUGUACGUGCGUUGGAUAUUUUUUAAAAUCCUCCGUGGUCCCCUUCGCUCACACGGUGACCAACGGUUAAAAAAAAGGAGGCGCGGCGCGCUUUUAACGUACAUUCGUCACAGCAUCCGCUGAGGAUCGCGUUCAAAAAGUGCAAACAACAGCAGAAGCCAUUGAUCGUGUCCUGCGGGAAAUCCCAAGGAGAAAGGGUGCACCGAUCACGUUCAUCUGGGAGCAGUAAAAGGAGACCGUAUACGCGAAAGCGAGAAACAAUGGACCCCUUCACGCAGCGUAUGUUGGAACGCGCAAAGGCAAGGAGAGAAAAAUUAGACACGCAGUUGUCGAAUGCUGGACAUGACGUACCGAAGAGGCGCAGCCCCUUGAGAGAUGCAAACGAUAUCUUAUCUCAAACACCAGUGAUCACGGGUGUCAUUGCUAAAAAAUCUCCUGUAAAAAUGGUAAAAGCAUCCGAAACCUCACCUACUGGAUCACCAGCGAAAACAAUUAGAAAGUUUUCGCCUGAAAAAUUUGAAGAGAAAACUCCAAAAAAAUACGAAGAGCCGAACAAAGAAAACGACAACAACCAGAUCGACAGUGUCAAAUCAAAACUUCAGAGAUUGGGCAAACUAUAUUCUGAGGACAACAGAGAAUUGAGCUCCCCUAUUCAUAGGACGGAAGAAAAGUUUGCCAUUGAGGAAAUCAGACCAGAGCAAAAGUCUGCAAAGCCAAUGGCAAGACUAAACAGACUGGCAGCUCUUGCCUCAGAAAUAAAUAAUUGGGAAGAUGACUUGUCUCACCCAACAGCUGUAAAGCCUACCUUAAGCAAAGCGGAAAGAGUCCAGGCCAAGCUCAACGAGCAAGUGAGAAAUGGAUCAGAUUCGCAGCCAAGCACCAGCAGUCUGAAUGGAAACGGCAGCAGAAAAUCCGGCAGUCCUCUCAAGCCUAUGAAAUGGGACAAAGUCAUGUUAGAGAGUUUGGGUACUGGAGGCAGUCAACAACAGUGGCAGCAACAAAAGCCGAAGAAUUCAUCACCUGCCAAGUCGCCAGCCAAGUCAAUUCCAAUGUUUGCUAGGACAACGGAGGAGAAGAGUAAGAGUGCCAUGUCAACGAGUCCGGCAUCAUCGACGCUAAGCAACGACAGCGCGAGUAGCAACAAUAAGACCCCGGAGAAGCAGAUAAUCAAGAGCACCGGGAGUGGCGCCAGCUCGCCGGCCGUUAGUAACGCGCGAUUGAAUUCGAGAUUCGGUUAUAAGGGCUCCCCUAACAAUUCGGCUCCCCAUCUACAGUCGUCCCCAGGUUCGGUACUCAGCAAGGCUUCGAUGUUCGAGUCCAAGGGUUCGGCCACCAAGACAAAGGAUCCCGCAGAGAUGACGCUGUCCGAGAGAAAGGCGCUAUUCGAGAGAAACAAGGGCGAGGCACUCAUACCCAAGGCUCCGCUUACGAUGUCCGUGCCAACGAAGAUGCUGCAGGAGAAAGAAAAACAAGCCAAUCAUGCUGAUUCAAUCGUGAGGUCAAAAAUCGACACUGGCCGAGCAGUGGAGGCCCAACGUUCGAUAUUCGAGCAAGGCAUCGUCACUCAAGAGCUGGAGAACAACAUCCUCCUGACCGUUCAGACGGAGAGGCAGCGCGAACUGGAGAUGCUGCGCUCGCGCUUCAAUCGCCACGUAGCUCAGACAGCCGCGAGCACAAAUCUCGUGCGAACGAGCGAGAGUAGCGAAGGUGGCAAACCAGGAUCCCCCAAGUACUCGCCGGUUUGCCCAGUUAAGCCAACCACCGCUACUGACCAGGCGCCGCCUCCUCCGCCGCCACCGAUGCCUAAUGAUACAAGUAUUCAAUCGUGCAGCACUCCGUCCAACGUUAAAAAUUCGCCAACCAAAAGACAAGUGGCAACAAGUCCUCCAAAACCAAGCGAUUCGUUCAAGAAGCUUGUCGACGUGAAACGCGCCAAAGUGUCUCCACCGAAAACCAACCGGCUCUAUCCGGAUCUAAGACAUAUCGAAUCGACCACAACAGAUAGCGACUCUGACUAUACCACCGAAAGCACUGCAACACUUGACGCGCCCACAAACACCGAAACCGAAGCUGAAUAUUACGUCAACAAUCAAGAUGACGAUUACAGCAGUGACGACUACGAUGACGAUGAAGACGAUGUCGAAGACGACGAUUUAGGCAAUACAAGUUUGGGUCGCAGUAUUUUGCAGGUCGCCAGUCAAAGUGCUCUUCAUAAAAAAAGAUCGAUUGAACCUGAUCCAGAUAGUACGACUUCCGACAUUUCGGUACUAGAUGAAAUGGACGAAUAUCUUGAUGAAUGUUUAGCUCUCCAAGAUGCUACGGAAGAAGGCCCUACUCCUCCAAAACUGAACAGAAAUGGAAAAAGCCCAUCAUCUGCUUCCAAUAGUUUCAAGUACAUGCAAGGGUCUUCUUACAAAUCUCCCAUCAAAAUAAUUUCUCCUGCAUCAUCGCCGAGAAAGAGAGAACAGUAUGUGGUGGGAGAAGGCGGCGUGGUUCCUCUGAUGCACAGUGUUAGCUUUUACAGGAAACAACAGUCUCAAACUCCUAAAACUCCAGCACGUGUCAUUUCUCACAAGCCCGACGAUAGUGCUGCAUCCGUAUAUAACCUAGAGGAAGAAGACAAAGAAGCUAUCUUAGUUCAAGAUAAAGUAAAACGAUUGCUCGAUGAAGUACAGAAGCAACAGACAAUUAUUGGUCAAGCAAGUCAAGCUUUGAAUCUGUGCCAUUCUACUAUAGAGUUUAGCGAUUCUCGCGAGCAAGUUGAAGGAGAAAGGCUAUUGUUACUCGCAACGCACAGAAGACAAGCCGCUUUGAAUGAAGUUCAACGGCUAAAGGUUGAAGGAACUUUACGACCAGUUGUUCCUGGAGCUCCUGAGGUCCAAGAAAGCGGAUCUUUGACUAUAUCGGCCAUCACUCUACCAUUCAAGAAAGACUACUUUCACAACAUUGAGCCCGAAACAUGUUUGCACUUUGUGUGCCUUAUUCGUUACCUGGACACGGUAAUAGCUACUCCCGUCAUUAAAGCUGACUCAGGCGAUUCUUGUUUACGUUUUCCUUCUACUUUAAAAUUGCAAGACUUGUACAGCGACUUCAAAGUAACUAUCGAGAUCUACUCUCUGCAGACUCGGGCGGAAAUUCUUCCUCACGAUAUCAAGUACCACAUCCACAGUAAUGGAAGUAACUGCUCUGGCUUGAACUCCAAUAGCAAAAAGAGUGGAGGUAAAACACCAAAAAAAUUCCUAAAGCAAGAGAGCAAAUUAACGAUGCCUAACAUUCAGAGUCCAGCAGGUCCGUUAGCCGUCCGUACAACAAAUUUCAAACUUGCUGGAUACGUAGUAUUUAGUUUGAAAGAAGUUCACAGACAACAGUUUACUUUAAAUAAGGUUCCAUUGACGUCACCUUUAGAAGGUCGCUUACAAAUGCAUGUUUCAUGCGAGCUGACAGUUUCCGUGGAUCAUCAUGGUUUCUUAACGAUGUUCGAAGACGUCUCAGGAUUUGGAGCCUGGCACCGCAGAUGGUGUCAACUCCAAGGAGCUUUGCUGUCUUAUUGGAAGUAUCCAGAUGACGAGCGUAAAAAAACACCCAUUGGAACUCUCGAUUUACGAGGCGUGUCAACGACAAAUGUUACUUUAGUGUCUCGAGAUAUAUGUGCAAGACCGAAUACAUUUUUACUGGAAACGACAAGACCAGCUCAGCCUGGAGACGCAGACUGUCUUGUUAUGGCCAGAAAGGGAUCAGAAACGACGAUUAGGCAUCUAUUGUCGGCAGAUACAAAAGAAGAAAGGCUAGAGUGGUGUGCCAAACUAAACAAAACAUUGAAUCUAAUUCGUGCCUGGGGUGGUCCAUCAACAUAAGUAUGUAAAAAUUAAUACAUGAAUUACAAAUUUGUAUUUUAUGAGCAUGAAGCUAGUUUUCAUGGAUUAUAUUUGACAGUGACUAUUUAAUGCAAACAUCAAGAGUUUGUGAUCAAGUUAUAAAAGAUUGACUUAAUCAUUUGAAUAUGAUAAUUUUAAGAUUAUCAUGGAUCUACAAUAAUACUUAACAAACUGAUAUUGACUGCAACAUUGUUUACUAUUUGAAUACAAUUACUUAAAUACCAGCAUUAAAUGCUGAGAAUGUAUUUAAAAUAUUUUGCAUUUCGAUGGAUUUAUGCCGUUUUCUAAAAUCUAAAGGCUAUUGAUUUAAUAUUUUUCAGGUAUCAGCAAUCAUUAAUAUUAGUUUAAAAUUUGCAAUUGAGUUGAUAGGUUUGUUAGAUAUUAUUAUAACUAUUUAAUGAUUGAUUUUUGCUUCUCUAGAUAGUUAUAUUAGUUGAAUUAGUAUGUACUUAUAAUAAUCAUUGUAAAUACCAAAAUAAGCUUUUUUUAAUGUAUUAAUAUAUAAAUAUAUUUAUAUAUCAACGUAGUAUUCAUAUACACAUGCGAUUGUAUGUAUUCGUAUUAGUUGUUAAUAAUUGGAAGUAUCAGGACCGUGAUUUUGUAUGUUCUUAUUUGUUAUUGAUUUAAUGAUGGCCAUCAUUUAGACACUACUGUUUUUUAAACAAUAAAUACUUGUAACAAAGAUAUAAUUGUUCAAACUAAUAUGAUUUUUAAUGAAAAUUGGUAUGUUUUCCGUUAAUUUUUUUUUUUAAACCUUUUGUUUUCCCAUUUAUUUA